CCAUAGUUGUAACGGGGAAGAAGAAAGCUCAUCCGAUGCAAGAUGGCGGCGCUCACGGCAUUGCGGGGUCUGGUGAGACGAACUUCGCAUAUCAGAGAGCCGUGUCUCGUCCUGCGAGCGGUUCGGAGCGGCACCGGUAGAUCCCUGUGCUCCGCCGCUCACAGUAACGCGUGUUUCUCAGAUCCUGAGGUCCAGGGCUUGUUGAAGAGCAUGACUGGUUGUGAUCUGCAGAAAGUCUUCAGACCAGUUCAGCAGUCAGCCCUUAAGCCCCCGACAUACAAACUACUGACAGACCAGCAGCUGCAGGAGGCAGCAGGGCGGGCGGAGCGUGAUGCUGAGGAUCUCCUCCAGAUGCCCCCUGAGCUGGAAGAGCGGGCGCCCGUAUCAGACCUGCUGGCACACGACGCCAUACUGGAGGGGGCCGACUCCGCCAACCUCGUCUUCACCGACAUCACACUCAACGUCCCACAUAGGGAGCGCUUCAUGGUGGUGCGUGAGCCUUCGGGAGCGCUGAGAAAGGCAUCAUGGGAAGAGAGAGACCGCGUCCUGCAGAUCUACUUCCCCCGAGCGGGACGCAAGCUAACCCCGCCCUCUCUCUUCCAGGACGACAACCUCAAGGUGGCGCUGUCUGAGGACAGACAUGAGGAGGUGCUGAGGAGGAGCCUGGUGCAGUUUGAGCCUGAUUCUGCAGAGUACAAGAGGGUCCAGUCGCUGGUGUACGAGGACAUUGAGAAGAGGGGGAAGUUUGAGCUCCUGCACUCGACGCGUUUCUUUGGUGGCCUGGUGUGGCACCUAACCAGAGCCAAACGCAUCGACACACUCCUGAUAGACAUGCUGCACAGAGACCUGGUUGAAGACGCAGUGUGUUUAGUGCAGCUCUUCCACCUGCUUCAUCCUCAGUGUGAGUCGGCCCAGCACACACACACCUCUGGAGUGGAACUACUGAAGCUCUACGGCCAGCUGGAUUCCCAGAGGAAGGGUGUUAUUGAGUUGGCCCUUCAGACAUAUGAACAAGCUGCAGCGCUAACCUCUGCUUAACACACACACA